AAAUCCAGUUCGCUUGCAUGAGUAAAUGUGCUUUUGCUGUAAAAAUCAUAGUUUUGGGGUGAGACAAGUAACUUCCCCUUCCUCGUCCUUCGCUCGUCCUUCGCUGUUAUAGCUCCGCCAUGGCGACAGCACUUCGGUGGCGCUCUCGCUUCAUCUCCAAAUGUUUCCUCCUCACCUCUCGCCGCCUCUCAUGUUCAUCUCUUUCACAAUCUACCCCCUGCUUCUUACCAAACGCCCUUAACCCCCGCCCCAUUCUCAACCCACAUCUAUCAACCUUUCUCCGUUCCCCGACCUCCAUUGCUCCUCUCCCCCGCUUCAUCCUCCGUAGUUCCUCCUCCAGCUCAAAUACCAACAAUCCCACCUCAUUCGACUGGUCUGACGACGACGACGCCGUCGAGCUCAGCAAGACGAAGAUCAAAGAUGGGGCGAAGGGUAACAAAACCCUGCCCCCUCCUUACGACCCAUUCAACAAAAAACCCGUAAUUGAGGAACCCAAAGACCCGUCCAAUCUCCAAGAAAUCUUUCACAAAAUGCGCACUGAUGGCCUCACCAAUAAUGCCAUCAAGAUGUUCGACGCUUUGUCUAAAGACGGUCGCACCCAUGAGGCCCUCGAGCUCUUCGCAGUUAUCAAAGAUAAGGGUAAUAUGCCGGAUGUUGUCGCCCACACGGCCGUGAUCGAGGCCUACGCCAACGCCGGCGGGCACUCCAAGGAUGCAAUCCGCACCUUCGAUCGAAUGCUCGCUUCCGGCGUUUCUCCUAACGCCUACACUUACGCCGUCCUAAUCAAGGGGCUUGCGAAGGACUCCAAACUCCCGGAGGCGAGGAAGUUCCUUCUUGAGAUGAUGGAAAAGGGAAUGCAGCCCAAUGCUCAGACCUACUUGGUCGUCUUCGAGGCUUAUAUUCGUGAGCAGGUGAUUGGUGAUGCCCGGCUUCUGCUCGAUGAAAUGAGAGGUAAGGGUUUUCGGCCAGAUGAGAAGGCUGUGAGGGAGAAUCUUGGCAAGCGAGGCCAGCUUUUCAGAGCUAUUAUGAACCUUCUCUUCGGCAAGUGAAGCAGCUGGAAGCUUUUCAACCGUGCUUCAUGAUGUGUUCGAUGAAAUGUCUGUGCAAAAAAAUGUGUGAGUUAUUCUCCUCGCAUGGUAUCGAUUGUUUUGUAGUUUUUUUAUGUCAAAGUUAGUUAAUUUUCUUAACUUUAUAUGAUCUAUAAGCUCUUCCCUUAUU